CGGGAGACGCCAUGUUGGUGGUGGCAAGGGCGGGGAGGGGCAGCCCGGAAGCCGCCAGGCCGGGCCACACGACCCGCCAGUCGAGACGCUGACAGCGGGGCGCGAGGCCGGAUGGUGCCGGUGCUUCCUGGCCUGUUCGUGGGCGGCGCGGCGGCCGGGGCCCUGCAGGCGGCGGGGGUGGCGGCGCUGCUCUCGGUGGACGCGGAGGAGCCGCCCGCGGUGCCGGGGAUCCGGACCCUGCAUAUCCCGGCGCGGGACGAGCCCGGCACCGACCUGCUGAGCCACCUCGACUCCUGCGCCGCCUUCCUCAGCGCGGCCCGGGCGGGGGGCGGCGCCGUCCUGGUGCGAUGCCAUGCUGGAGUCAGUCGAAGUGUUGCUUUAGUGACGGCGUAUUUAAUGAAAACCAACAAUCUCACCUUCGAAGAGGCUUAUGCCACUAUCAAAGCCAUCAAAUCAGAUGCCAAAAUGAACGAAGGCUUUGAAUGGCAGCUGAAACUGUAUGAAGCAAUGGGCUGUAAAGUUGAUGUGACCAGUGCCAUUUAUAAACAGUAUCGCUUGCAAAAAGUUACAGAGAAAUAUUCUGAGCUGCAGGACUUGCCACGAGAAGUCUUUGCAGUUGACCCAACCAGCAUUUGUCAAACUCUCAACAGUGAGGUUCUCUAUAGGUGCAGAAAAUGCAGACGUUCCCUAUUUCGUAGUUCGAGCAUUUUGGCCCAUGCUGAAGGAAGUGGACCAGCAGCCUUUGCUCACAAGAGGAUUACAGAUCCUGCUCAGCUUCGUAAUGACAGUCGGGUUAAAUGUACCUCUUAUUUCAUUGAGCCUGUACAGUGGAUGGAGCCAGUAUUGUUAGGAGUGAUGGAAGGACAGCUUCUGUGCCCCAAAUGCACUUCGAAGUUGGGCUGCUUCAGUUGGCGUGGUGAACAGUGUUCGUGUGGCCGAUGGGUGACUCCUGCCUUCCAGAUUCACAAGAGUCGGGUGGAUGAAAUGAAAGCGCUGCCAGUCUGUGGAUUCCAAACUCUCAAAACGUGAACGCUGGUGCUUGCUGGCUUUAGUGACUCCCCUGAGAUUCUCUGAGAACUGUUGCCUGUUAUAGUGUAUUGAUGUGGUCAGUAGUUACUUCCUUUCUGUUAGCAUGAGGGGAGUUUGACACUGCUUGAACAUACAGUUGUAGCACAAGCUUCUAGUGUUUAUGAACAUGUGCAUCGGUGCAAGAGAAUUGUUUAAGAUGGGCUGGAUGACUCUCCUUGAGGCUUCCUGUAUUUCAUAGAUUUGGGGAGGGCCAUAUGAAUUAAUGGAAAAAAUCCAUUGACAUCUUUUUAAAAAACCAUAGAUGAAAUAUUGCUGAUCGUAGAGCCUGCAAGUGUGAAGUGCUAAUAAACUCCAUCUAGUCAUGCCA